AUGUCCACCGAGGCGCCGUCCGCCGCCUCGCCCCAGGCUGACCCCCACUGCAUUAUCUAUGACGUGUCGGACUCCUCCGAGCUGAACCUCCCCCGGUCGGUGUCUUUCGUGGUCCGGCACCCGCUGAAGAUCCCCGGGGUGGUCAUCCGCGACUUCGCGUACCGGCCGUCGGAGCGCAUGUUCCGCGGCGAGAGCGAGCCCACCCCGAGUCGCAAGGUCGGCGCCUGGAAGGUCCGCGGCCUGUAUGACUUUGUUGGCAGCAAUGAGACCGAGCUCUCCUUCACCGAGGGCCAGAUCCUGAAUGUCACCGAGUUCUUCGACAAUGGCUGGCUCUCGGCGUCCAAUGACCAGGGCCAGCGCGGCUUCAUCCCUACUUCCUUCACCGAGUGGAUCGAGUAG